AUGGCGCUCUCGGUGGACAGGCCAGAGAAGCGCCGCAGGCUCGUGGGGAAGCAGAGCCAGCAGACGGCGCUCCUCGAGCACGUCGUCGGCGAGGAGAACAGGAACGCCUCGCGGGAGGUCUACUUGGUGACUCUGCCGCACACGGACAAGGAGGGUCUCAGAGCGCCAGCGGCUUUCUCGCGGGAGGAGGUCCGCGACGCUUUCCUGGAUUGCUGCGGCGCUCCGGACGCCGACCCCGCGUGGCUCGCAAGCCACCGCGGGCAGGGGGCCGCGCCCGUCGGGGUCAAGAAGCUGGUGGUAUUCAAAGAAUACCACGCGCCAGUGGCAGGCGUCCGGCGGGCGCACUACCACGUGGCCUUGCACCUGGGCAAGAAGAGCAAGUUCCUGACCGUGAAGCGGGCCUUGCUCAACAGGUACCAACUCGCCUCUCACUGGUCCUGCAGCCACGACGGGCACUGGUCGGCCGUCGGGUACUGCGCGAACGCGACGCCCAAGAAGCCGCGGAGCGCCCUGGACGUUGACUACUUGGCUUGGCCCGCGGACCACCCGCCGCUGUCCGCGGCGAAGAGGGAGCCGACGACCGCCCGCGCCUUGGAGAAGCGCAGGACCGCGCGGGAGCAGGUCGAGGGCGAGAAGGGGAAGCCAGAGCCUCGCGUCGAGGAAGUGGACCUGUGGCCGAUAGUGGUCAGGUCUGGGAUCCGGAAUACUCCGGACGACCCCCACGCAGUGCGCAAGUUGAUGGCGUACGCUAAGACGUCCUGCUCGCACAAGGUGGUUGCCUGGAUGUUCAAGAACGAGCACGUGCUGGAGAAGAUCAUCGACAAGGCCUGGGCGUGGGAGAACGUGGACAGCUUCCUCGAAGACGCGACGAAACCCGUCAUGCAACAGUUCAAGGAGGCCUUGCGGACGCCUUGCGUUUGCGGCGGCCGCUGGUUGCACCACGUCCGCGAAAGCCUGUCGAUGAAUCGCAUCGACGUCCCCGACCUGUGCAGCAGCAUCUUGAUGUCCCUGAAGCACGGUCGGUCCGAGGCGGCCCCGGUGGUCACCUUGGCUGGGCGCUUCGGCGGAGAGGGGAAGUCUCUUCUCUUCUCGGCGGUUCGGCCGCUGUUCGGCGGUGAGCACGUGCAGGAGAGGCCAGGCGGGGGGCAGUUUUGCCUCCACGGCUUGGACAAGGCCAAGGCCGCGGUGCUGGACGAGUGGAUGUUCAUCGAUGAGGACCUCCCCCUGUCCAUCCAGCUCCUGUGGCUGGAGGGCAAGCCCGUGCCCAUCACCAUGCCCCAGAACCAGCACGUCGGGCACAAGGUGUACAUGGGGUCCGCCCCGAUUUUUGUCACCUGCCCCGAGACGGCGCUGGCGGGCCUCUCGUCCGAGUCGUCGCAGCGCCCGCAGGGGCAGGCUGGCAUGCUGCUCCGGCGGCUGAAACUGUACUUAUUCACUGUGCCGAUUCCCAAGCCGCCGGCCCCGAAGCUAGCCCUCUCGGGCGAGGUCUACGACAGAGGCCGAAUGUCAGACGGCUGUGGGGACAGCCAGGGCGAGGAAGAUUCGGAUGCUUGGGGCGCAGAGUUCGCCGCUCUCUGCGGCGACAACGGCGCCGACGGUCUUUCCGAUGGUCUCGGCGGGGCGACGGCACUGGAUCAGUCAGCACUGAUGUUGGUAGCGUCGGGGAUGCCGCCGCCCGAGCCUUCGCGCGGCGGUCCGCCGCCGCGCUCGGCGAAGCGCCGUCUGAGCGCAUCAGCGUUGGACACGCUUGAGUCGAUCGAGCUCCCCGCGGAGGCGCCAGCCCCAGCGACGAUGUCGCGCCAGCAGGCCGCCGCCACCGCUCGAGCUGCCAAGAACUCAGGCAUGGCGGAUCAGAUGGUUGUUGCUGCUCGCAGCCACGUUUUCCUUCAGCAUUUGGAGCGUGCGCUGGCAUCUAUUUCGCGUUCGAGGAACACGAUGUCCAAGAUUCUCCAGUCCGAGUCUGUGUAUGCAUACCGAUUCAGCGGCGGAUGCAAGGAUAUUAUCAGUAUCAUUGGCUACAGCGUGAACCCGCUGCAGUUGUUGGACCGCACUACUGGUGAGUGCUUGCGGGCGGCGUGGAGGCAUCGAACGUCCAUGGUCCAUGGCAGCCAGGUGAGGUUCAAGCACCACACGCGGAGCACCUGUGCUGACGGCGCUGGCAGCAACGAUCGUUCAGAGCGUGCAGUUGUUUCAGAUCUUGGUCUCGGUUGGGAACGCCUCCACUUCCGAUGCGACAUCCACGCCGCCGUCAACAAUUGCCAUGACUCGUUAGCGACUUGCGACGACCUCUUUGCGUCGCAGAGGCGGUGGGCGUCGAGCAUCAAUUUCGGUACUGGCCUCACUAUGUAUGGGGAGGCAUUGGAGGAACUUGUUUUCGAGAGGCUCGACGUUCGGUACGGGAACCCACCAAUAGAGCACACGGCCUACCGCAAUUACGUCACCAACAUCUGCUUGCAGAACUCACCGCGCCAGGUCGAGCUUCUCCUUGCGUGCAGGACGCUUCCAAAUGGGAAUUGGAGAAACCAUGAGAAGGUCGAGGUGUAUGUCCCGCUUGGGACCGCUGUUGACCGCCAGGCGAUUGCCGCUGCCGUGGCGUGGAGCUUGAAGCGCGGAGACUACGGCGAUGUCCACGGCGGCGAGGCCCAGGGCGACGGAGCCGAGCCGACGGACAAUGCAGACGUAGAGAAAGCACGCAGAGAGCAGAACAACCAAGACAUCACGAUCGGCCUGGCGCUGUGCGAGUCGAAUCCGACCACCAAGACCUUGAUCACGAUCCAGGUCGCUCUUGCCCACGAGGCGUACCUAGACGCGCUGUUGGACCAGGGCUCCGUGGAGUGGGAGACGGCCCAGCGCGCGUCGCAAGCGCGCGCGUUGCUGGCUACGUCUGCGGUGGAUCGUCACCGUGCCCGCAGGCGCUUCGAGUUGCUCGAGGCUGCCAGGGGCGGGGCCGACGAUGUGCUCGUGAACGACCUCGUGGACAUGAUGAACUCCGAGGUGCACUGGGGCGCGUUGGUUGGCGACUCCGAUAGGACUAUGAAGUUGCGUGCGUUCACGUUCAAGCUUAUAUCUGGGAGCCUGUGCACGGUAGAGAGGACGGCGAAGUUGCGCCAUAAGGUCGAGCCCGUUGCAACGUUCAAGUGUUUGUUGAGUGACGCCGACGCCGAUGAGAUCAAUAACAAGCCGCCGUGUUUGCACGAUCCCUGGAGCAAGAGGUUCGUGGACACGUUUGGGGGCGCGCUCUUAGGCUUGCGCAGUGCUGAGGCGCAAGCCGCAUUGCGCUUCCAACUCAGGCUCGCAAAGCGCCACAUGGCGAAGAUCGAGUGCUGGCACGCUGCCCUUCGGAGAUGCCUACGCAUGCGUGGGGUUCAAUGUUCUGGGCUGGCCUUUGCCGAACUGAAUGCUGAAGCUGUCUGCGACCGUGUCCACGCCCGCGGGGCCAACAAUGCGAUUGUGAAGGUGAUGGACACCAUGGCAUCCGACAGGUUGCGCGACGGUUCCGUAGAGGCCGACGGCGUCCAAGUCGAGCCGAGGGAGCGUUGGUUUUCUGGCGCGUGGCACGCUUACGUUCGCUACCAGACGUUCGGGACUGAGGGGAGGCCGAACUUCGCGGACCUUGCCGUGACCUACAACGCGCUCGGGCCAGACGAGAAGCAGUUCUAUGUCAACAUGGCGAAGGGCGCUCACGAACAGGUGGGACAUCUGCGGCCAGGCGAGGGCAUAUUUGGUUAUUCUUCGAGGCAGCUUCGGUCUCAGCAGAAGCAGGCAGCAAAUGCAGCAUUUGCGAGGCGGUGUGCGGCUGGUCAACACGAUGGCGCAGAUCGAGCGCCCACAUCUCGGCGGCGGGCUGCAUUUGGAGCAGUAUCUUCGGUCAUUGCCCGCCAGAACAAUCGGAGCCUGUACGAGCUGGUGGUGGUGGCGAAGUCGGAGCAGCGGCGCCUGAUGCAGGAGGCUGGCAGGUGUCGAGCUGCAGACCAGAAGGUGCUGAGGGAGUGGGCCAAGGUCCAGGGCGUGGCUCUGCUGAAUGAGACCGUGGCAAAGAAUCCAGUGUUGCAGCCUUUCAAGGAGUUCUUGUAUCCCGUGCCUGAUUUGGAUGACAUCGUAUUCGAGUUGAUCCCGACGGCGGCAGCUGCGGUCAAGGUCGCCUUGGCUGCAGACAUCGCCACGCGCGCGAACGUGAAGCAAGCCAUGCUGGCGGACUUCGACUCCAUGUCCACGCCCGUCCUCCACGAGCUGUCGGAGCCCAUCGCGCCUGACAGAAAGAAGGUCGGCCCGCCGCCGUGCCACGAGGUGGGCAUCUGCUUGUGCGAGGGCGACGGCAUACUCACGUGGAAAAUGAGAAACCGAUACUUGGCGCAGCUGAAGGUGAUGUGCAAGCCUGAACAUGUGAAGCAACUACUGCGGCAACACUCACUCGUCGUUCGGUUCGGCGGGCGUCGGAAGCAGCUAUUCGACGAUAUGGGCGGCGAUUGGGGUGCCGAGUUCACUGACGUUCUCUGCGGUGAUACUGGCGCACUUGAUAUCGACCUGUGGUUCCACAUCGGGGCGCACUCCAUGAGCCCGUACCGCUCGACCUUCUUGACGUUGGAGAUCGCCGAUGGCACCGAGAGGGCCCAGGUGGUGGAUGGCGAGAUCAUGCUUGAGGCGACCAACCUGGUGUAUUUCGAUUACUACAUGUUCCGAGCGCUGGACCCAUCCCUGGAGUGGUCUAUGCAGCUGUACGGGAUCAUUGAGGACCCUGUGCAUAUCGGGACGUUCUGCCCAGGGGACGUGUCGGUGCGUGAGCUUGAUGAAUGCAGGGGUGCCUUGACUUUCUGGACGCCGCCGCCUGCGCCCAAGCGCGGAGGCGGUCGACGCCCGACGGUCGUCGACGAGCCGCCCGAGCCCGACGAGGCAUACCACGGCGUAUUGGAGGAUGGCGACGCCGAUCCCGAGAGCGAGGUGGAGCCCGUCGAGUCCGACGCCGACGACGUCCAGGGCCGCCCCAUCGGCCUCAUGGCCGCGUGGCUCGUCGCCGAAGGGUGCGACUGCAAGGCCGCGCACCAGGAUGCUUUUUUCGUUGCGGGCAUCAGCAGGGCGCAACGCUGCGUUGUUCGGGAGCGCUUGAAAGCACUCCGCAACGGCGAGCUGCUCGCUAGCAAGGAGCGGCCCCUCCGCCCUGACGAGGGCGAGGAGCCCGCAGGCGCUGAGGCCCUGCGCGACCGCCGCCAGACCGCUCAGGCCACCUGCCAGGGCCCCUCAGGCCGCGGACACGGCAAGCGCAAGGGCAACGGGGGCGGCAACGCGGGCAAGGCGAAGAGCGCGGCCAGCCCCAAGAGGGCGACGCACGCCACGCCCGCUGGCCAGUGCGCGUGGAGCAGGGCCAAGUUCACCGAGGCGCAGCAGCGUUUGGAGAUAGUCGAGAAGCGCGCCGACGCCAUGGAGUGCGACCUUGGUGCUUUGAGGUCCGAGCUCAAAAAGCUAGCCGAUCGCCACUCCGAGUCGAACGUGCAGAAAGGCACCCUGACCGACGGCGGCGACUACACGACGGCACCACGACACGACGCCAACGGCGAGAACGACUACGAGUGGGACCGCUUGACCACUGCGUAUUCCGAAGACGAGUUCUUACAGGGCGACCAUGAGUACGACCACAACCUCGGGUUCACGCCCAACACGGUCCCGUGCCCGAAGACCCUGCCGCCGAUUUACCGCCGCGCGAUCCCGCUGCCCGACAUCGAGCCGAGCCACAUCAGGCGCAGUCGCAUCGAACUUCCCGAUGCCGCCCGUGUGGGCGGCGGCCCUGGUGGUGUCAAGAUCCCGCUCGAGGUCGGCCACUCUUACUUCAGCCACAGCUACGUUGGAGCGGAGCCGAUUCCCCCGUCAGAGUACUGGCCCCGCAUCGAUUUGCUCAUUGUCAGGCCGAGUGUGAUUCUGCCGAUUCGCCAGCCGUUCGGGGCUGACGGCAAUGAUAAGGCUGCCCCCGAGAGCGUUCACGUGCAGUCGACGUCGGACUCGCACUGCCAGUGUAACAUAGGCCGUCUUGUGGAGCUGGAGGCUGACGAUGACAAGGGCGCAGCUGGGGAGGAGAACCCGCAGAUCCAGAUCGCUGGUGGCGAUGGCAACCCCGUGGCCGUCACGCGCAGCAUCGCCGAGCUCUACAUCCGCGUCUUCUCGCACAUGCCGAUCAACGAGGUCAUCGCCCGCAAGAACAGCAGGGCUGCCCAGGACAGCACAUUCAGACAGCAAGUCCAAGAGGCGGAGGCGGCUUGGGCCAGCCGCGCCAACCGCACCUCGCUCGACACGGUCAGCCAGAUGGGGCAGGGGGACAACGUCUCGGUCGGUUUCGGCAGCAUGGUCAAGGUGAAGCGCAAGGUUGCCAUCUUGAACAGGCUUGAGUUCAAGUACCACCAUGACGGCCAGGAGCCGUUGCAGCGCUUGGUGCGCCACCACCCGACGAUGAUGCUGCCUGUUCGUGGUGCGACUUCUGGUGAACAGGAAAAGGUAUGGUUGUUUGAAGUAUUUCCUGGCGCACGCCGCACAAUGAGCUUCACCACCUUCCACAAGGUUACCGCUGGCUCGACCCCUGUGCGGCCAGAAGACGUCUUCUACCUUGGUCAGGUGGCGGACUUUUACAACAAGGGGCUUGCCGACCAGAAUGCUGAGUUCGACUUCGACGUGGUGGGCAAGGACCUUCCAACCAUCAACGACACCAGAGAGAAAUACGGCUUGCCCCCGAUCGACCCGCACCAGGCGGUUGGCAGCCACGACGCCCCCGCCGCUGAGUUUGAUGAGGCAGCGCCGCCUGCCGCAGCGGCGCAUGCAGGUGGCGGCCUUGUUGAGCGCCUCGAGGCGGCGAUUGGCGGCGGCGGCGGUGCGCUCGACGCCUCCCUGGCCCUGGCCCCCGUGAUCCAGUUGCCGUCCGCUUUCGGCAAGGGCGCGGAUGCUGCUGGGGGUGCCAACAAGCGGAGGCGCGUGCAGAAGAUGCCUGCAGCCCCUCUGGAGGCGUCGCCUGGCAGCGCAGGUGACAUUGCCAUCUUGGAUGACGUUGCAUCGGUCGCGGGGUCUACUCAGGUCGGCAAUGUCAGUGCGACGGGCAGCGUGAGUGAUAUGCGCCAGGGCCCGUACAAGCACAUAUCGAACCUGAAUUGCGAGGCUGAGAUGCUGCAGGGGAACUUGGGGAACUUGCUGUCUCACGCCCAGAAGUGGGUGCGUGAAAAUUCUGAGAACGCCGCAAAGUGGGGCAACGGGAUGUCUGACUUGAAGUCCAGGAUCGCGAAGUUUGAGAUGGCACACAUCGUAUCAGUUCGGCAUCAGGACAGCUUCACGGACGCCGAGGUGGCGAAGGCAGUCAGGUACAUGAUCCACUUUGACGGGAAGCUGCCACCCGCUGUCAACCUCAAACUUUGCAUGAGGGCUGCGAAGAAGUCGAUGGGCCACGUACGGGAUGCAGCUACCUUCAGCACGUUCUUCGGCGAUUGUUUGCCCUUCGACCCCAGCUGCGACGACGAGUUCGACAGCGAUUCGCCGCGGCUGUGCGCUCUGGACGUGGAGGCGGCUGUCAAGACCCACUCGUUCAUGACGUCGUUCAUGGACAGUUGGCUUUGCCCUAUCUUGCAGCAAGGGGACGAGUCGCGUCAGCUUUUCUCUGCCGCUUUGUCAGCGGCCCGCGAGAGGGUCGCCCUCGUUGUUGCUGAGGAUAUGCCCGACGAGUACAUGCGGUUCUUCUGUUCCUUGUCGGAGGCAUUCGACGCGCUGGCUUUUCUUACGGGCGACGCAUCUGCCAUGACAUUGGACGACAUUUCUGAGAAGGUCAAGGUCCACGUCGCCCUCUUGAGCGAUCAGAAGUCCACCGACCCGAUCGUGUCAAGGAUCGUGAGGCCCAUCAGCGCGACACCCGUCUACAUGGACUUGCUGUCCGACUUAUCCAAGGCGUCGCAGGGGAUGCAGUCCAUGGGCCGCCAGUUAGCAUACCUACAUUCGGCGCUGACGGCCGACGACCUCACGACCCUCAGUUCGACCGAGGAAUGGCGUAAGGUGCUCGAGUGCCACGGGAACAUCGCCAAAGACAUGUUGGCUAUGGUGGAUGCCCUUGGCUCGAUGUUCGGAGACGGCUUGAAGGGUCGGGCCCUCAUGAAAGCAGAGGUUGUCGUCAAGAGAUUUCUGGAUCGCGCUCAUCGCGACGCUGCUUCGGAGGUAGAGGCGGAAGCGUUCAGCAAGAUGGUGUCGUAUCAGCGUCUCGUGUGGCACGACUUGCCGUGCUUCCUCGACGCGGAGUCCGAAGCCGCCGACCUGAUCGUCUCUCUGAGGUCACAAGCAACGGUCGCCAGCUUCGCUAUCGCAGUCCAGGCUGCUGCCGAUGCGACCGACCUCACUCAGGAGAUCAUGGAGACCGCGCAGCGCGGCAUGGAGCAGGUCAGGGGCUCGGUCGCCGUCAGCGAGACCGUGCAGCAUCACUUGGAGACGCUGGCCGCCAGGUGCAUCAAAAUAGCUAUCGACGUGUCCGUUCACAGCGAGGCGAUGCGCACUGCGGCUUUGAACGCGCUCGCUGCCGCCCUGGACAUCAUGCCCCAGAGCGUCAUCCACAAGGGUGUGGUGGACGUCCUCAGGCAGCACAAUGCGUUGGCAGUUCGCCUGGCGGAGUUCAAGGCGAAGCACGCCGCGGGCGACGGCAACGGCAUAGAUCUCGACGCCGCGUACCAGUGCGACGGCCUCUCAGGGCUGAAGGGGUGCACCACCGCGCUGUCCUCGCUCAUGCAGAAGGAUUCGUUCCCCGACGUCGUAGGUGAUGCCGCCUUGGUGGACAUGGCGGUGGUGCAGUGUACCGUCGCGCGCACGCUUGUCGACGAGGUUGCCAACUACGGCCUCAAGGCCCUCGUGCUGAAGUACCAGAGCGGCAUCCUGGCGGAGCUGGACGGACUCAAGGGCGGCCUGAAGAACGGCGCCGACUGGGUGGACGGGCUGUCCGCGUCAGGUGCCACGGAGAAGUGGGACAAGAUCAAGAGCGUGGGGGUGGCCACUUUGCUGGCCGACGGCGUCGCCGUUGGCCUCCGCAAGAAGGUCGCGGCAGCCGUGGAGGAGGCGCGCCGCAUCGCCGAGUGGGCCAAGAAGUACGAGCUGCAAGUCGAGGGCACGGUCCUCAGUGAAGGCAAGCAGCUCGCUGCCACGUGCAUUCUGGUCUGGGCGUCCGCCUUCCUUCUGAAGGCAUUUUCGGAGCAGGUCGACAAGGUGGCCUUGCGCAAGGCUGCGAUGGCGGUGCAGUCGGAGCUGGCGAAGUUCAACAAGGGGCUCGGCGACAUCGUGCCAUCGGUGUUGUCCAAGAAGGCCAGCGACGCGCUGGUCUUCAAGGCGGAGAUAGGCGGCGAGAUGCUCGACGCCCGUGGGAUCGUCGACCGCGUUGCCCCGCCUGGCGCCUGGAGCCUGGAGGCUUUCAGGAAAGCAGCUGGCGAGGCAGCCAACAAGGCAGCCAACGAAGCAGCCUAUGAGGCACCCAGCGAGGCGGCCAACGAGGCCUCCGACGAGGCAGCCCGCGGGGCAGCCAAAAAAACAGCCGUCGAGGCAACUGGCGAAGCAGCCAGCGAGGCGGCCAACGAGGUAGCCCACGAGGCACGAGGCAGCCAACGAGGUAGCCCACGAGGCAGCCAGCCAGGCAGCGAGGCGGUCGACAGGGCAGCCAGCAAGGCAACCAACGAGGCCACCGACACAGCACCCGGCAAGGCAACCAACGAGGCAGCCAACGAGACAACCAACGAGGCAGCCAACGAGACAGCCAACAAAGCAGCCAACGAGGCAGCCAUCGAGGCAGCCAGCAAGGCAGCCAACAGGCAGCCGAGCAGGCAGGCCACCAGGAACCAGCACGUCGCAAUGCGCCGCUUGCAUGACAGCGGCAUGGGCGUCAAGAGGAUCGCCGCGGCCUUGAGCCGCUCCACGGACACCGUCUCGAAGCAUUUGUUCAAAAAGAACACGACCAAGAAGUCCAAGGGCCGCCCGAAGCAUUCCAUCCGCACCCCCAAAGGGUUUCUCGCUGCCCAGCGCGCUUACAAGAAGCUUCUGAAGUCCUCGGGCGGCACAAAGGAAGUGACGGCAGCCAUGCUGAAGUCCGAGAUGAAGUUGACAUGCGACAUCAAGACAGUGCGCCGCGCGUUUGCUGAGAAUGGCUACCAGUUCCGCCCGCUGUACGAGAAGCCUGACCUUUCUGAUGGGGACAAGAAGGAGCGCCUGCAGUGGGCCCGCGAGCACAAGCACCGGAGCCCCAGCCAGUGGUCACAGUACGUCCACGCGUGCAUGGACAACAAGGUGUUCCAGGUGCUGCCCAAUGCGAAGUACAGGAAGGUGGCGGCAAAGCGCAAGGUUCGCGGGGUGUACAGGAAGCGCAAGCGGGACUUCUCCGUGGGCCACGUCAAGCCGAGCAACCCUAAGGUUCUCGGGCUGGCGCAAAUCGGAGACCGCGCCGCGGCCACUCAGCGCCAGGUUCUGAAGCAGAGUUCGGGCAAGGGCUCCGUGACCAUCGCGUGCGCCAUCGGCGCGGGCAAGGUGUUGAUGUGGCACCAGGUGGUCGGCAGGUGGAACGCCGCAGCCGCGGGGCGAAUGUACUCGGGGGCGCUCCAGCCCGCUUUGAAGAGGGCCUACCCUUCCGUGCGCGGCAAGUUCCGCGUCAUGGAAGACAACGACCCCACGGGCUACAAAUCUCGCUCGGGCAUGGCGGCGAAGAAGUCCGCUGGCAUCCAGACGUUGGACUUGCCGAAGCGGUCCCCUGAUCUGAUGCCGCUUGAUUUCGCCUUCUGGGCCAAUCUGAACAAGCGCAUGAGGGGGCAGGAGAAGGACUGGCCCGCGAGCAAGACGGAGACGCGGGCGCAGUACCUGGCCCGGCUGCGCCGCACGGCGUUGGCGACGCCUUCUGAGUGCAUCCACAGCAUCAUGGGCAGCCUGCACAAGCGCUGCGGCUUGUUGGUCGAGGCGAAGGGCGGCCACUUCGCCGAGGGCGGUGGGCCAGAGAAGCGCCGCAGGCUCGUGGGGAAGCAGAGCCAGCAGACGGCGCUCCUCGAGCACGUCGUCGGCGAGGAGAACAGGAACGCCUCGCGGGAGGUCUACUUGGUGACUCUGCCGCACACGGACAAGGAGGGUCUCAGAGCGCCAGCGGCUUUCUCGCGGGAGGAGGUCCGCGACGCUUUCCUGGAUUGCUGCGGCGCUCCGGACGCCGACCCCGCGUGGCUCGCAAGCCACCGCGGGCAGGGGGCCGCGCCCGUCGGGGUCAAGAAGCUGGUGGUAUUCAAAGAAUACCACGCGCCAGUGGCAGGCGUCCGGCGGGCGCACUACCACGUGGCCUUGCACCUGGGCAAGAAGAGCAAGUUCCUGACCGUGAAGCGGGCCUUGCUCAACAGGUACCAACUCGCCUCUCACUGGUCCUGCAGCCACGACGGGCACUGGUCGGCCGUCGGGUACUGCGCGAACGCGACGCCCAAGAAGCCGCGGAGCGCCCUGGACGUUGACUACUUGGCUUGGCCCGCGGACCACCCGCCGCUGUCCGCGGCGAAGAGGGAGCCGACGACCGCCCGCGCUUUGGAGAAGCGCAGGACCGCGCGGGAGCAGGUCGAGGGCGAGAAGGGGAAGCCAGAGCCUCGCGUCGAGGAAGUGGACCUGUGGCCGAUAGUGGUCAGGUCUGGGAUCCGGAAUACUCCGGACGACCCCCACGCAGUGCGCAAGUUGAUGGCGUACGCUAAGACGUCCUGCUCGCACAAGGUGGUUGCCUGGAUGUUCAAGAACGAGCACGUGCUGGAGAAGAUCAUCGACAAGGCCUGGGCGUGGGAGAACGUGGACAGCUUCCUCGAAGACGCGACGAAACCCGUCAUGCAACAGUUCAAGGAGGCCUUGCGGACGCCUUGCGUUUGCGGCGGCCGCUGGUUGCACCACGUCCGCGAAAGCCUGUCGAUGAAUCGCAUCGACGUCCCCGACCUGUGCAGCAGCAUCUUGAUGUCCCUGAAGCACGGUCGGUCCGAGGCGGCCCCGGUGGUCACCUUGGCUGGGCGCUUCGGCGGAGAGGGGAAGUCUCUUCUCUUCUCGGCGGUUCGGCCGCUGUUCGGCGGUGAGCACGUGCAGGAGAGGCCAGGCGGGGGGCAGUUUUGCCUCCACGGCUUGGACAAGGCCAAGGCCGCGGUGCUGGACGAGUGGAUGUUCAUCGAUGAGGACCUCCCCCUGUCCAUCCAGCUCCUGUGGCUGGAGGGCAAGCCCGUGCCCAUCACCAUGCCCCAGAACCAGCACGUCGGGCACAAGGUGUACGUGGGGUCCGCCCCGAUUUUUGUCACCUGCCCCGAGACGGCGCUGGCGGGCCUCUCGUCCGAGUCGUCGCAGCGCCCGCAGGGGCAGGCUGGCAUGCUGCUCCGGCGGCUGAAACUGUACUUAUUCACUGUGCCGAUUCCCAAGCCGCCGGCCCCGAAGCUAGUGCCGUGCCCGCGCUGUUUCUCGACCCUCGUAACAAGCGAG